UACUCAACAAAAUGGAAGAGAUCGGCUUGUCAGGGAACGAUCCUAAAGUAAGGGUUGACAACAAACUAAUUCAAGUUAUUGAAACUAAUUAGCUUAAAACUUAAUCUUAAUUUUUUCCAACAAAUGGGAAAAAUCAACGCUAUUUCUUUGACCUUUUAUGACAAUGUAAUGUGGAAUUGGAAUAUCAGUUAAUUAAAUUUCUACAUUGUCACACUCAUCUCAAAACCGGUUUUAAUUUUAAGAUUUUUUAAGGAUUUUAUGUUUUUCUUUGCAAUUAUUAGUAGUGUAAUGACUUAAUUAGGACCUUCAACUUCUAAAAAAUGUUCUUAUUUGGGUAAUCCCUAUUUGCUAUUAUUAGGUCGAAUAGGAACAAAAUACUUAAGUUCAAGACCACUAAAAUAUGGGUACUUGUUCAUCAUAAUUUCAUUAUAAAUUUGUAAUAAAUUAUAAUGAUGAUUAUAAUGUAAUUAUUAUUAUUUGCCUAUGGCCAUGUAUGACGAUGAGUGGUCGCAUAUGCUGCCCCUGUCCUCUAGGAUGCCAGGCUUUUAAUGUCAAAAUAGGGCCUAAUUCUGUUUAAAUAAUAAUUUUUUUUAGGUCUAAUAAAUUGGCCUACGAUUUAAAAAUUAAAUAUUCUCUCCUGAUUGUAAGUUGAUAAAAUUAAGGUUCUCCAUCACUUCAUUUUCAGGGUCGGCUAUUGUCACUAUUGAAAAUUUGUUUUUUUUGGAUCUGAAGUACAUUUUAACGGAAAUUCCACAGUGGAGAUAAAUAAGGUCACUGGGUUUUUGAUAGCAUUGAAAGAGAGAGUUGACACUGUUUUCUUGUUAUAGUUCCAGACCGACCGGCGUGCGAUUACUUUACAGUAGUGCAUAGUGAGAUAUAUUCUACCAGGUUCACAUAUUGUCUCUGGUGUAUGGGUGGCUUAUGCAAUAAUAAAUCAGAUCAGACACUGAAUCUACUAACACUCCGUCGUGAUCCAUCAACAAAAUUUCGUUGAUCCAAAUGUAGCUGUCACUGGUGUCCACACACAGAAAUGUAGAAAAAAUGUGCAUACGCGCGAAACGCAAACUGAAAAGACAGCUUGGCACCAGCAGCAUUCUUAUCAUUAUUACUUCUUCUUCGUUUCAUUGUUACUCAGGGGGCAAAACUAUGAUAAACUCAACUCUGUUUGCUUACAUGUUAAAUUCUUUUCAUCGUUUAAAUUAAAUUGUAUCAGUUUAAAAGUCUUGUCUUGUCUAGAUAGAAUAUUUAUCUAUGUUCUGAAAUUAAUAAUGUCACAAAAAAGAUUGGAUUAAUAAGAGAAUUUUAUCUUAUGAAUAAUAAAUAAAAGAAUAACCAUUAAUAUAGCUUGUCAAACCAGAAAAACAUGAUAGAUUACCAAAAUUAAUUACUUAAUUACUCAGUAACAAAAAAAUGUUUGAAAAGGUAUCAAAUAAGAACUGUCUUAGCUAAGCACUUUUGUAAAACAAGGGAGACUACUUCAAAAUGUGCAUUGGAAAUGGGCGUGAAAUGUAAGUUAUUAAUUUUGUAAUACCUCAAACAUUCGUGAGGUUAGGUUUCAGAACCGCCCCGGAUCAGGAAGCAUCGCGAAUGUUUGGUGCGAGUCACUAAAAGAGUCACUAAAAAUACUAAUAAAUGGAGUAUGAACAGUAUCUGAGCAAGAUUUUCUUUCCUUUCUUUCUUAUAUUUGAGGUGCCCAUGAUCAAUUUGUUGAUCAUUCUGGCUCCUGGUUUGAAUUCAGAGUUUGCCUUCUCUUAGAUGGGUUGCCGUCCAAGGCUAGCGAGUCCCAUCUACCCGGAGUGCUUGGGAUGUAUCGCUUUGGUGGGGAUUGAACUCCAGACCACCAGCUGUUUGGUUUGAGACCGUUUUCUCUGCCUAACAACAAUAAUAAGAAAUUUGGGAAAAGAACUGUGCUCAUUUUUGUAAUGUGUUUUGAAAAUAACCUAUGUUUAAUUGUGUUAACAAAACUUAGUCUUAAGUUGCUUUUAAAACAUGCAAAUUUUCAUUAAUAAUGAUGCUGUCCACCAGGAUGAUUCUAGCCUGCCCGACUCACGACCCGGCACAUCCAUGGCAGGGGGGUCAGGUGACCCAAUGAAUCCUGACAUGGAAGAUCUUUAUGUGAAGUAUAAGGUAAUUAGCAAACAAAAUAAUUUAUAUUUAAGGGUUGGUUCUUUCAAAUUUUUUAUUUUAAAAAAUACUUUAAAGAAGAAGAAUCCUUACUAUUGUUAUUUAUGGCAUUCAACGGAUAAUUGGCUUUAACAGUCUAAAGAAUAAAAUGCUAAUGAAAAACUUGCUUUAAAAAAUUUGAGCAGAGGGUAAUACUUUACUAUUAAGUUUUUAAAACUUUCUGCAGGAUAAAUUAAACAUUUAUAUAAAAAGUAAAUAACUGAUGAUGAUAAGAAAACAUAUUUUAAAAAUAUUAAUGCAGUAUUUUCAGCCUAUCCUAUUUGUAUUUUUUUGUACUGAAAACAGAUAUAAUUUUUUCCAUGUUUAGAAGCUACAAAAGCAAUUAGAAUUUCUCGAAGUCCAGGAGGAAUACAUCAAAGAUGAACAGAAAAACUUGAAAAAAGAAUACCUGCAUGCUCAGGAAGAGGUUAAGCGUAUUCAGAGUGUCCCGCUGGUUAUUGGUCAGUUUUUGGAGGCUGUCGAUCACAAUAACGGCAUUGUUGGCUCCACAACAGGUACUGGCAAUCCAUGUUCUUUUAAUGUGUUUUUUUUUGUGGACAUUCUUACAGCUGUUUUUUUUUUUUAAAAAGAUUUAUGUAAUGCAUUUGUAUUUUUGUCAGGUUCAAUACCAAUAAUUGCAACACAUGUAUUUUGUACUUUAAAACUUUUCUUAACAUUUGAAUUUUAUUCUGAAAGGUUCUAACUACUAUGUACGGAUCUUAAGUACAAUUGACAGGGAGCUAUUAAAACCUUCUGCCAGUGUUGCCCUCCACAAGCACAGCAAUGCCCUGGUGGAUGUUUUACCCCCUGAGGCAGAUAGCAGUAUCACCAUGUUACAAGCAGGUAGGUUUUGUUAUGACUACCCUAUGUCAUGAUUUGUUCAGGGAGCCUGUCUGUCAAAAAUACCUUAGACAUAAUUGCUGAUGUCAAAUGCUGUUUAAAAGGGAAUGUCACUCUUCUCUUUAGGGAAAAAGAAAUGCUUUUACUUUUAUCCUUAAAUGAUAACUAGCAUGGUUUAGUAACAAGAAGAUUGGCAUGGGUUAGACAGUUUGCAGAAGUAAGUUAGGCAGGAGUCUAUUUAAAUAUAAACAAGACAUUGUUCCCUCAUAAAAGCAAAUAUAGUUGCAUAAAUAUAGUUAGCAUUCAUUAAACCUUGGUGAAAAAUGAUUUUUAAUGGGAACUUAUUUAAGAAAAUAUCUUACAUGUUUUUUUCUAAUGUUUAACAUGUUAAUUGCUUUUAAGGACUGUUCUUUUUAAAACUUUUACUAUUGUUGUGCUUGUGUCUAACUUCAGACGAGAAACCUGAUGUUGCUUACCACGAUAUUGGAGGCAUGGACAUUCAAAAACAAGAAGUCAGAGAAGCAGUUGAACUUCCUCUAACCCACUUUGAGCUGUACAAGCAGAUUGGUAUUGAUCCACCCCGUGGUGUCCUCAUGUUUGGGCCACCGGGUUGUGGGAAAACUAUGUUGGCCAAAGCUGUAGCUCAUCACACUACAGGUAAGAUUUGCAAAAAAUAUGAAAAUAAUUGUACAUACAAUUAGAAAAGUCUGAGCAGUUUGUCGCGUCUAUACUGUCUAAGUAUGUCGUCAGUAUACAACUCGAUAAUAAUUUGCUCUGAAUAAAAGUAAAAGUGUUAUUUUAGAUUGUUUAAAACGUAAAUGCGUUCUGACAAAUAAGGACUCAUUUUUAUCUUACAUGAUGGAACCAUAAGAGUACUCCAAUUUUAUAUUCUUCUAUGCAUCUUAUUUCAAGAUAGGGUGCAAUUUUUAAUAAUGGUCUCGUACUCAAAACUAGAGAGUCACUGCACAGACAUAGCAUUAUUCUUAAAUAGAAGCUUUGAUUUUAAACCAGUUAUACUUAUAGACAAUUUUUUUAUUGAUAAACCUUUUUUUCCCACAGCUGCAUUUAUUCGAGUGGUUGGUUCAGAGUUUGUCCAGAAAUAUUUAGGUGAAGGUCCCAGAAUGGUUCGAGAUGUGUUUAGGUUAGCCAAAGAAAACGCCCCCGCUAUAAUUUUCAUUGAUGAAAUCGAUGCCAUAGCAACAAAAAGAUUUGACGCACAAACAGGAGGUCUGUUUUCAAUUUGGUUAUCACAGUAAUGUAUGCGUUCGUAAAUAGCUAGAUGAUGGCAGGCAAUGUGCACUCAAAGAAGUUGAUGUAAUUAUAAAAAAUUGUGCUAAUAUUUUAAUAAGUUGUAAACCAUUUUAUUUGUAAUUUGCUACACAGAAUGCUAAUUGAAAGCAUUCCACUUUUUCACUUUCAGCUGAUCGUGAGGUACAAAGAAUUUUAUUGGAACUUCUCAACCAAAUGGACGGGUUUGAUCAAACAGUCAAUGUCAAGGUUUGUAUUGAUUCACUUUGGUGUUUGUUCAUUGGCUCAAGCAUUUCAUCACCUGCUGGCAAAUCUAUAGUGUCCUGCUGAAAUUUUUACUUUAAAAUGAUAUCCUACAGCAGUUAUAGCGAAACUUUGAAAGACAGUGUGCCCAAACUGCAACCCAGAAGCUACUUAUUAAUCACAGAGUGAAAACACUGCAAUUAAACCUGAAUACUGAUGUUUUGGUUUAUAAAAAAAAAACAACUCAUGUGCUGACAGAAAGGGCUGUUCAACAUGGCUGCCAUAAGUUUGCAGCCACUGCCCCAUGUGCCAGGGAUAAGAAUAUACUUAUGAUAUCAAUAUUAUGCCACUAUCUAUCCACAAGUUAAAUAUUUUUACUCUCUAACUAAAUGUUCUAAUAGAUUAUCGUGUGAAUUUUAUGGGUUUGCCAUCACUUUUGCUCAUACACUUUACAGGUCAUCAUGGCUACCAACAGAGCUGACACACUAGACCCAGCACUGCUCCGCCCUGGCAGACUCGACAGAAAAAUUGAAUUUCCACUUCCAGAUCGUCGCCAGAAGCGCCUGAUAUUUUCCACAAUCACCAGCAAGAUGAACCUAAGCGACGAAGUUGACCUGGAGGACUAUGUGGCGAGGCCUGAUAAAAUUAGCGGUGCUGACAUCAAUGCCAUCUGUCAAGAGGUGUGUGCUUUUUAUAGCUGCCAUCCAGCAGUAUUGUAAGGGAUAUUUCCAAUUACAAGUUGUUGGACUGUCCUUAAUUAUUGGAGUCAAGCUCUUGAAAUCAAAAGAACAAAAUAUUUUCAUGUUGAAAAUUGCACCAAAUAAGGAGGUAUUUAUGCCUUUAAAUAAAAUAGGUUUCCCAAUACUUUCUAGUCACUGAAUUUCUCAUAGUUGUAAAUAAUUUUUGGUUCUUAGAACUCCAAUUUCCUGUUUUAAAAAAAGCAAUACUCUAAUUAAAAUAAUUUUACAAAAAUAGGGACAUGCCGGUGCCUUUUUGUCACCUUGACCUAUAGAAAUUAUAAUUAAAUUGAGUAAGAGAAUUCUUGGGAAAUAUUGUGUGGGACAGAACCUGGCCUAGAGGCAGGGGAACUUUAAUCAAUUUUGCACCCUUACCUAUUGUUCGCUUGAGGCAGGUGCCUCAUGUUAUUCACCCUUUACCUGGUGUGUUGUUUCCACCCUGUUCCUAUGGCCCCCAUCUAAGGUUGAGAAAUUUUUAUGUGCAAAAAAGAAACAUUUUAGCAUGAAAAUGUUUUCCAACUAAAUUCCUUGAUUUUAGUAUUGGAAAAUGACGUGAGAGCACAGGAGACGGGCACAAAACCUAAGGAGUUUCCUUGGUCAUCUGAUCAUUGAUUUAGUAUUGUUGGGAAAUGACAUGAGAGAGCAGGAGAUGGGCACAAUGCCUAAGGAGUUUCAUUGGUCAUCUUAUCAUUGAUUUAGUAUUGUUGGGAAAUGACGUGAGAGGACAGGAGAAGGGGACAAAACCUAAAUGGAGUUUCAUUGGUCAUCUUAGGGUGCGAAGCUCUAACCACACCAUGUUAUUUUUAAACAGGUACUCUGUCCAGGUAUGGGAGAGUGUGUCCAUCCUGUAUUGUCACUUUAGUGUUAAUUACCUGGUAGUUGGACAUCAUAUUAUGGGACAUUCAAGGGUUAGAAAGCAGGACACAUGCUUUUUGUUUCUAGUCAGUGCAUUGUUUGUAGUCAGCACAGUUCAGUCAGAGAGGAAUUCUGUUCUGUACGACAGUUGGAGCGAUUCUUGAAAAAAAAAAUUUUAAUAGACAAAGAAGAAUGCACGGCCAAAUGAAUUUUGAUUGACGUUGGUUUCUUGUGAUGGAAGAAAUGGGAAUGUAACAAAAUUUCGACCAUGUUUUUGGAAGCACCCUACAUCAGUGAAACUGGAUUCUCUUUAAUGAGGGACAUGAAGUCCAAAAAAUAUAACACUUUGACUUGAGAACAUUUAAAAAAUCGAAUUAAGGCAGGUGCUACUUAAAACUACCUCAAAUUAAGAAAAUGACAAGGACAAUUCAAAGCAAAAUAUCUCAUUAUUAAAGCUCUAAUUUUUAUUUCCUUUUUAACAAUUUUUGAUUAAGCCGAUAAUGCUAUUGGAUGUAUUAUUCUUUAUCAAAUUUAUGCAUGAGGUAAAACGUAGACCCUCGCCUUUGCAGAAUUUUUUUUUUAUUGGCCCACUGAGCCGAAAAGGUUAGACAGAAAUGCACUAAGGUGUUGAUGCUUGACAGAGCAGCACAGCUGGUAAACGUGUAAUGGUCUUAGCAGUUAUUUUCCAAAUGUUGAAGGAGUAAAGAAAAAAACUUGGCCAACUUAUUAACUGAAUCUUCUUGUACUUUUUUCAGGCUGGCAUGCAGGCCGUGAGAGAAAACAGAUACGUGGUGCUGGCUAAAGAUUUUGAAAAAGGUUACAAGAACAACAUCAAGAAAGAUGAAACAGAGCACGAAUUUUAUAAAUAAAUGUUCUUUUUUUUUUCCCCCCACCAGAGACCUAAUUGUGAACUGGUCAGCAGCACUCAAAAGUUUCUAUUUAAAGUGAGUUUAAAAUCACAAUGUUGCACAGAUGUGAAAUUGUCCCAGCCGUUCCACCAUUUUUUUUUGUAUCCCUGGUUACCUGCAGCGGAUCAUGUAUUUGAGUGGGCGCAGUCACUCCAUUUGUUUGAGCUGUUGUGUGAUCUCACAUAUUCUAUUUGCUUGUUUUUGACAUAUAAAAUUUCAUAAAUGUGUUGCUUUUUUUUUAUGUCUGUUUCAUUUAUGAAGUUAUAAUUAUGAUUAGAAAAGAACUUGCUUUCAUUAUUUAAGGGAAAAGUUGGCUACAUGGUAAUGGUACAAUAGUAAUGUUGUCCACCGGGAGGUGGCAGGUUCAUCUCCAAAUAAGGGUGCUAUGUGGUGCCAUAAUAAUUUCAAGCAGGGGUGGCAGGGUCAUCUCCAAAUAAGGUGGAUAUAGACUUAUGAAUGGACUAAAAAAAAAAGAAUGCAAUUAGCCUUAGGGAUUAUUAUAAAACCCCAAGUGAUGUACCAAUAAGGCGUGGAGACAAGCAGCCAACUCUUGCAUAGGAUUUUUUAAAAAAACUGAUGACAGUAUCAGUACUAGAUAGUGGAAGAAAAUGUAAUGUACCCAAUACAGCACUCUAAGCUCAUUGUAGUACAUAGACAUAUAUUUUAUUCCAGGACCAAAGAUUUCCAAAAUUCAUUCAAAUAUAAUAAUGAAAAAAUGUUGACCUCAUUUCUUUUUAUUCAUCAUUUUUUAGAUAGCAAAAUAUAACCAGAUCUAGUAUGAUUUUAUCAAAUUGCAUGUAAUUAUAUAAUAAUUAGUUAUGUUAUUGCUGAAAUAAUUUGAAUUACCAAAGUAAAGAAUAUGUUAUUUGCACAGAGACACAUCUGGUAAAUAUUAAACAGAUAAAAUAAAUUUACAUUUCAACAUUAAUAACACCUCUAUACCCGUACCAAAUAAUAUAAUUCAGAUUCAUAAAGGAACCAGUAUACAUUUCAAAAAAUAUAUUAUUAAGGGGAAAUUUUAAAUGUAAUGUGGCUAUUCUAUGAUAAAUAUUCAGUGUUACCAUAAGAUCACUAAUUAUGUAAAAAAAAAGUCUGAUGUGAAUGGACUUUUAUUUUGUG